UGAUUAGCGUUAUGACUUUGGUUUAAUGUUCAGUUUUGUGCGAAUAUUUUGCAAUUUUUGCUCUAAAAAUCGUAAAAAUCGACCUGAUCAUUCAAGGAAACCUGCAGAGAACCUGCCGCAACGGUGGGCGGUCGAAAAACGGUCCCAAAUCGACCAAAAUCUCGCGUAAAAGCAUGGAAGUUUGGUCCGAAACCUGACCUGAAAGGUCAACGAUGGCAUGGUUAUGUUAGAAGCGGCCAAAAGCGACCUUGUUGACUGAAAUCUCUUACUUUCGAUCACAAGGGACCAAACAGGGAUCCUGUUGGAGUUGGGUUGGGGACAGCGGGUCCGGAGGGACCAAGGCAAGUUCCCCGAUGGUCAAAAUCUGGCCUCAAACCAGAGGGACUGUUUUGAGAUGGCCACUGCCAAUCAGGCAGGUUUUGUCAUCAGAUUUGAACUGUGUGUUGUGUGAUCUUCAGUGUGAAUUCAAAGAAGUGUCUUCAGGGACGUUAACUUCACGAAAAGUGUGUUCCCCAUUUGGAGCAGCAUCAACUUAAGAAUCGAGCCCCCCACGGAGAGAGGGUCCUGGAGUGUCAAAGACGCUUCUCCCACCCUCUGUCGGUCGGUGCGCGCCGCGUAUAUGCGAUAGCAGCGAGCAAUCGAAGAAGGGGCGCACGCGCCCCAUCCAACCCCCGACUACGCUGGGGCUGAGCAGACUCAUUACACAACGAGACCGCACCAAAGGCAUGGGAUUUGCUGUUGUCGGCGCCUACUGCAGUUUCCGUUGCUGAAGAGACCAAGACUGAGCCGAGAGAAUGCACCGUGGAGCUCUUGUAGGCGCUCUACUGUGGGCCUGCGUCCUCACUGGACUUGCUCAGGAGCCGCCGACUGUGUCGGUGCACCCGCGGGACCAAACGGUGCGUGCGGGCGCGAUUGCGAGCAUUUGGUGCCGCGUGACCCCGACGGAGCCGCCGCCGGUGUUGUCGUGGAAGAAAAACGGCAAACGCAUCUCCAACUUCCAGUCGCGCUACCUGGUCAAGGAAUUUCCCGCCGGCGACGGUCUGCUGCUGCGCAUCGACCCGGUCCGGAUGGCGCGCGACGACGCCGUGUACGAGUGCGUCGCCGAGGCGCAAAACGGCGAGCAGACCUCGGCCGACGCAUCCAUCACCGUGCUCGAAAACGAGAAACUGCCGGGCGGCUUCCCCAAAAUAGGCCAGGUGCCGACGACCAAAGUGGUGGAAUUGGGUCACGCAACAGUUCUGGCGUGCGACGUCACUGGCUCGCCAACACCCCUAGUCACUUGGCUGCGCGAAAUGAUGCCCCUCAACACUAGCAACCCCCGCUACAAUAUUCUGGAAUCUGGCACACUGCAAAUCAGCAGCAGCGAAGAGGAGGACUUGGGCAAGUACGAGUGCAUCGCCCAAAACAAUGUCGGCACCGAGUACUCUCAACCCACAAUGCUCUACGUCAAAGUUCGCAGGGUGUUCCCGAUGUUCACGAUUCGGCCGAAACCGCUGUACGAGGUGAUGUUGGGCGCCGACUUGAACGUGACGUGCGUGGCCGUCGGGUCGCCAAUGCCGCACGUGAUGUGGCUGCAGGGCAAGCAGGAGAUCAAUGCGCACCAGCCCGUGGGCAAGAACAUCCUGCACCUGAAGGACAUCCGCCAGUCGGCCAACUACACGUGCGUCGCCCUCAGCGCCCUCGGCUCGAUCGAAGCGCCCGCCAUGAUCAAAGUGCAAGCCCUUCCUACGGCGCCGGCGGUCAAAGUGCUGGAGGUGGGCGCGACGGCGGUGCGGCUGGCGUGGACUUACCCCGAGGAGGAAGAGAUCCAGUACUACGUGAUCCAAUACAAGCCGAAAUUCGCGAACCAGGCCUUCUCGGAGAUCUCAGGCGUCAUCACCAUGUACUACACGGUGCGCGGCCUGAGUCCGUACACCGAGUACGAGUUGUAUGUGAUCGCGGUGAACGCCGUGGGUCGCGGCGUCCCCAGCGACCCGGCCGUCGUCACCACCGGAGAAACAGGUGAUUCAUCUGGUUUUGGAACAAAGCCUGGAAGUGCCCCGCGAAACGUGAUGGUGCGGCCAUUAAGUUCGAGCACGAUGGUAAUUCAGUGGGACGAGCCUGACACUCCAAACGGCCAAAUCACGGGCUACAAGGUCUUCUACACGACGAAUCCAGGCCAAGUGAUGGCCAACUGGCAGUCGCAGAUGGUGGACAACAACCAGCUAACGACCAUCAGCGAGCUCACGCCCCACACCAUUUACACCAUUCGGGUGCAGGCCAUCAGCAAUGUGGGUCCUGGACCGCUCUCGCCGCCGGUGCAUGUCAAAACGCAGCAAGGAGUGCCGAGUCAGCCGAGUAAUUUGCGAGCAACGGACAUUGGCGAGACAAGCUUUGUUCUGCACUGGAACAGACCGGUACACGCAGGCGAGAACAUCGUCAGCUACGAGUUGUACUGGAACGACACCUACGCAGAGGAAAAGCAUCACAGACGUAUUCCUGUAAGUGAGAGCUACACCCUGACCGGACUCUACCCGAACACCAUGUACUAUGUGUGGCUGGCAGCCCGUUCGCAACGAGGUGAGGGUGCGACCACCAGCCCAACCCCCGUCCGAACCAAACAAUACGUGCAGGGAUUGCCGCCGCAGAAUUUGACGGCCGUGGCCGAAGGGUCGGGCGCCAUCAAGGUCAGGUGGAAGCCGCCCCCGCAGGAUAAACGACCUGGAAGGAUUUACUACUACAAGAUUCAGGUGGUCGAGCACUCGCGACCGGACUCGGAAGCAAUGACCAUCACCGUCAAUUCGUCAAAAACCGACGUGCUGGUGGACGAGCUGAAAAAGUGGACCGACUACCGGGUGUGGGUGACCGCCGGCAGCAGCAUGGGUGACAACUCGCCCACGUCUCCGGUGGUGGUGCGCACUGACGAAGAUGUGCCCGGCAAUCCGCAAGACGUGCGUGUCACUCCGAUCAACUCGACGAGCAUCAGGGUGGACUGGAAGCCGCCGAGCGACAAGGAGCGCAACGGCCUCAUCCGCGGCUACCACGUGCACGUGCAGGAGAUCAAGGACGAGAGCAAGAACCUGCUGAACGAGCCGAUGAGGUUCGACGUGAUUGGCGGAAACAUGGAAACUUUCAACGUUACCGGACUCCAGCCCGACACCAAGUAUGCUGUGCAGGUAGCUGCUUUGACUAGAAAAGGCGACGGUGAUCGGAGCAACUCCGUAACCGUUCACACUCCCGGCGGGGUUCCCAACCGACCUACUGUGAAUUUAAAGAUUCUGGAGAGGGAGCCUUCCGUGACGCUGGAGCUCGAGUGGACUCGUCCGUCGCAGGCGUACGGCGACUUGCUCGGCUACCGACUGAGGUACGGCGUCAAGGACCACGAGAACAGGGUGGAAGUGCAGAAGAACAGCCACACGUUCACGCACCGCAUAGAACAGCUCGAGAGAGGAGUCGAGUACGAAUUCAGAGUGGCCGGCCAAAACACGAUCGGCUACGGACAGGAGACCGUCAAGUACCUGCUAACUCCCGAAGGACCGCCGACGGGGCCGCCUGUCAAUGUGACGUUCCACUUCCAAACGCCGGACAUCGUGUCUAUCCACUGGAAACCGCCGCCCAAGGAGCGCCGAAAUGGCCAGUUGACGCGCUACACCAUGCUUUUCCACAAAAAGCAAGAGGCGCCCAUCGAGAGGAAUAUCACAAUGAACAAGGCCGUAUUCACUGACUUGGAAGAGCACUCCGAGUACAUCCUCCAAGUCAGGGCGCACACUUUGCAAGGGCCGGGCCCGUACAGUGAAAGGAUGACGGUCCGUACGGAGAGGGACAUUGUCCGAGCGCCGAUGUCCAUAAAAGCGGUCGCCACAAGCGAAUCGAGUGUUGAAGUGUGGUGGGAAGCUGUUCCCAGUAGAGGAAAAGUCAUCGGAUAUCAGAUUUUCUACACAAUGACGGCCGUUGAGGACUUGGACGAGUGGCAGCACAAAGUGGUCGGUAUCACCGAGUCAGCAGAAUUGACUUCCUUAGAAAAAUACGCGCAGUACGCACUUGCAGUGGCGGCCAGAACCAAAACUGGCUUGGGACGUUUGUCAGAGAAAAUCACAGUCAAAGUAAAACCGGAAGACGUGCCUCUCAACCUGCGGGCGCAAGACGUGACCACGCAUUCCAUGACCCUCACUUGGUCACCACCAAUCAGACUGAACCCCAUCAAUUACAAGAUUUCUUUUGAUGCAAGCAAAGAGUUUGUUGACUCACAAGGCAUAACUCAGACACAAACAAUUCCAAGACGCACAAUUUUGCUGGAGGCGACAGCCAGGAGCUACACCAUCAAUGAAUUGUCUCCCUUUACAACUUACAGCGUCAACGUCAGCGCCAUUCCCUCGGACAGGCAAUAUACUCCACCAACCAAAAUUGCAGUCACAACGCAAAUGGCAGCUCCACAGCCGAUGGUCAAGCCUGACUUUUACGGAGUUCUCAACAGCGAGGAAAUUCAAGUGAUCCUUCCCCAAGCGUCCGAAGAGUACGGCCCUAUCAGCCAUUACUUUUUGAUUGCCGUACCUGACGUCCCCAAAGCUCCAAAACAUCCCGACGAACUUUUAACAGAAAAGGUCUCUGCAAAUCAGGGAAUGAAAACAGAGUACACCCUGGAACCGUACGUGGCUGCCAAAUUCCCACAAAGGAACAUUCCAUACACUUUCCACCUUGGAAAUGGGGAAGCCUAUGAUGGCUACAUCAAUCGGAAACUGCAACCUGGCAAGAAGUACCGGAUUUUUGUUCGGGCAGUGGUUGAUACUCCACAGAAGCAUCUCUACACAUCGAGCCCAUACUCGGAGUUGCUGUCCCUCGACAUGCGAGAAGUGCCCCCUGGAGAGCCCCCUAGGCGUCCAAAUCCCAAUGUUCCGGUUGAGACGUCAGAAGUCUCGGUCAACCGAAACCUGGAUGAAGCAGGCGCCCUGUGGAUAAUCGGCCCUGUCAUUGCUGCUAUCGUCCUGGCCAUGUGUCUUUUGGCCGGACUGGUCGUCCGCAGACAGAGGCAGCCGAGAAAAAUGCCUGAACACGGAACGGUCACCCGACCUCUGAUGACGGCAGAGCCCUCACCGGUGCCCACAGGCCCUCCGGUGCAUCCCCAUGACCCGGUUGAAGUGAGAAGAAUUCAGUUCAAGACGCCGGCUAUGCUGGCACAUCCCCCUGUCCUUAUUUCUCACCUGGCCACGCACGUGCAAGCCCUGAAGGCCAACGACAACAUCAAAUUUUCACAGGAAUAUGAGUCAAUUGAGCCAGGCCAGCAAUUCACAUGGGACAACUCUAGUCUGGAGGUGAACAAACCAAAGAACCGUUAUGCCAACGUCAUCGCCUACGACCACAGUCGCGUCGUCCUGCAGUCCGAGCACGGCGUUCCGGGCUCGGACUACAUCAACGCCAACUUUUGCGACGGCUACCGCAAACCAAACGCUUACAUUGCGACGCAAGGACCUUUAGCGGAUACGUUCGCCGCCUUCUGGAGGAUGGUCUGGGAGACAAAGAGCUCCUCCAUUGUGAUGAUGACGAGGCUGGAGGAGAGGGCGAGGAUCAAGUGCGACCAGUACUGGCCCACUAGAGGCUCCGAAACCUACGGUCCCAUCACAGUUGCGGUCAAGGAUACCCAGCAUCUGGCCGCCUUCAGCAUUAGAAGCUUUACUUUAACCAAGGUUGGCAGUUCCGAACGGAGAGAAGUGCGCCAGAUGCAAUUCACAGCAUGGCCUGACCACGGAGUACCAGAACAUCCGGCGCCUUUCUUGAUUUUCCUCAAACGAGUCAAAGCCCUGAAUUCGUCCGACGCGGGCCCCAUCAUCGUCCACUGCAGUGCCGGCGUCGGCAGGACGGGAUGCUUCAUCGUCAUCGACUCCAUGAUCGAGAGAAUGAAACACGAAAAGUCCAUUGACAUUUACGGGCACGUGACUUGUCUCCGAGCUCAACGGAAUUACAUGGUCCAGACUGAAGACCAGUAUGUUUUUAUUCACGACGCUCUGCUUGAGCACUUCAUUUGCGGCAACUCCGAAGUUCCCGCCCGAAGUCUGCACUCUCACUUGCAAAGACUGCUCAUAGCUCCAAUCGCACCUGAUCAACCCACAGGAAUGGAGCUUGAAUUUAAGAAAUUAAACAACUUGCUGGCGGACGGGACGCGUUUUGUGACUGCGAACAUGAUGUGCAACAAGCCCAAAAACAGGCUCGUCCACAUUCUGCCUUACGAGGCCACCCGAGUGUGUCUGCAGCCGAUCAGGGGCAUGGAAGGCUCGGACUACAUAAACGCCAGUUUCAUCGACGGAUACAAGUACCGCGCUGCGUACAUUGCGACGCAAGGACCUCUGGCCCACACCUCGGAGGACCUUUGGCGCAUGCUGUGGGAGCACAACUCGACCAUCAUCGUCAUGCUCACCAAACUCAAGGAAAUGGGCCGAGAAAAAUGUUUCCAAUACUGGCCAAACGAACGGUCCGUGCGCUACGAUUGCUUUGUGGUGGACCCAAUUGCUGAGUACAACAUGCCCCAGUACAUUUUGAGAGAAUUCAAAAUUACUGAUUCGAGAGACGGGCAGUCGCGGACGAUUCGUCAGUUCCAGUUUGUGGACUGGCCAGAGCAAGGCGUUCCCAAAUCCGGAGAGGGUUUCAUAGACUUUAUUGGUCAGGUGCACAAAACCAAGGAGCAGUUUGGCCAAGAAGGACCAAUUACAGUUCAUUGCAGCGGUGGCGUUGGACGAACAGGAGUUUUUAUCGCCUUGAGUAUAAUUUUGGAGAGGAUGCAGUACGAAGGGGUGGUUGACGUGUUCCAGACUGUGCGAAUUUUGAGGACGCAGAGAACAGCGAUGGUCCAAACGGAGGAGCAAUACCAGUUUUGCUACCGCGCCGCCCUGGAAUAUUUAGGGUCGUUUGAUCAUUACACCACCUGAGACAUAGACGUUUUAGUCUAAACAAAUUGAUAGGCAAGACUUUUAACAAAUUGGGAGGAGAACCACAGCAGUGCUUCUGGAAAAGUGCGACAAAGUGUUUUGUGCGUCGACUUCGAUUUGUGGCAGAAAGACGAGUCGACGCCGAACAAACAGCGAAGGAGAAAACGAGAUUACAUAAAAAAAAGAACGUCUUUUGCUAUAACAAGUGUGUAUAAAUUGAAUCAAUUAAUUCUGACAAUAAUCGCAGAGAUAGGGUCAAAAUUAAUUAACGUAUCAACACAUUAUACGCGGAAUCAAACGUUACAAUUGAUGCUUAUCAGGCGCAAUUUUAAUCAAAUUCUAUUAUAUAAAUAAAAAUAUCAAUUUUGAAGUUUGCUUUUGCGCGAAACGUUUGUGUGUAAAUAAUUAUGAACAAUUGCUAUGUUAUUUUUCUCACGUUUGCUAUUAACCCAUAGUAGGCCUUCGGAUGAGAAAAAUGGGCCGCUCGCUGAAAAUAUUUGCAAGCUGAAGAGACCAAAAUUUUUAACAUGCUUAUGUCGACGUGCGAAAAGUACCUGGGGAGAGAGUUAUCAUUUUGCUUCAGGUCUGUCAAAAAAUUAAGAAAUAUUUUCAUGCGCAGCGAAGAACAUUUAUCCCAAGCAUGGUAGCUCAAGUUCCUCCACAGCAGAGGAAUACUUUUCUACAAAAUCAGGAUAAUAAAUAUACAACAGAAAAAAAUAACGCUGUAGAAACAUUAUCUAGGCUAUUGCUGGAGCUUGUUAUAACUUUUAGGCGUUCUAUCAUCUGAGCCACAAAAAUUCUUUGUUUGAAAAAUUUCAACUAUGUAGCCGUCCAAAGUUGAUCAUGUGUAUAAAUCAGUGGCGGCAUCAAAGGUGUUCAAGGCGGAAAUAAUAACUGAUUGCUGGCAUCGGGACGGGUACGGGAAUUUCGUUUUAGCCACUCACCGAAACAAACUCCCAAAGUACGAAAUCUAAUGUGCUUUCAAAAAUUUAAGAAUUAAUGGUUUUUUUUAUUAAAAAUUUAAUUAUGGUUGUUUGUAAAUAUAUUAGUUGAAAAUCUCAAGAAGCCACGGCUCUCCCGAGGAG